GAGAGAGGCGACGCGAGGUGGAUCGGGCCGGGAGGCCGGUCGCGUUUGUUGUCAUCCCAAGAUGGAGUUUCUGCUGGGAAACCCCUUCGCCACCCCGGUGGGGCAGAGCCUCGGAAUCCAGGAAGAAUCUCUGCCUCUCCUCCCUCUUUCUUCUUAGCUCCUUCCUGCAAGUAGAAAGAAAAGGCCACUGAUGGCUCCCUACAGAGCGAAGACUGGACGCUGAACAUGGAGAUAUGUGACAUCAUCAACGAGACAGAAGAAGGCCCGAAGGAUGCCGUUAGAGCUCUCAAGAAGAGGCUGAAUGGAAACAAGAACUACAGAGAGGUGAUGCUCGCUCUAACAGUUCUGGAAACGUGUGUAAAGAACUGCGGCCACCGCUUCCAUAUCCUCGUAGCAAACCGAGAUUUCAUAGAUGGCGUCCUGGUUAAAAUAAUUUCACCCAAGAAUAAUCCUCCCACGAUUGUUCAAGAUAAAGUCCUUGCUCUGAUUCAGGCUUGGGCUGAUGCCUUUCGAAGCAGUCCUGACCUCACAGGAGUCGUGCACAUUUACGAAGAGCUGAAGAGGAAAGGCAUAGAGUUUCCCGUGGCUGAUCUGGAUGCCCUGUCUCCAAUACACACCCCACAGAGAAGUGUUCCUGAAAUCGACCCGGCUGCCAACAUGCACAAGUCCCAGUCUCAGCAGAAGAUAAGCCCCAGCCCCUCCCCUACCUCUUUCCCAACUUCUCAGACCCCCACUCCGAAUGGGGCUGACCCCAUCAUAGCAAACACGGAACAGAUUGCACGGUUACGCAGCGAGUUGGAUGUUGUUCGUGGCAACACAAAGGUGAUGUCGGAGAUGCUCACAGAAAUGAUACCCGGUCAAGAGGAUUCCUCAGACCUGGAGUUGCUACAGGAGCUGAACCGCACUUGCCGAGUGAUGCAGCAACGGAUUGUGGAGCUGAUCUCCAGGGUGUCCAACGAAGAGGUCACUGAGGAGCUGCUUCACGCCAACGAUGACUUGAAUAACGUCUUCCUCCGAUACGAGAGGUUUGAACGGUACCGACUGGGUCGGUCAGCACAGAAUGGGGUUCUCAACGAGGUGUCCGAGGACAACUUGAUAGACCUGGGCCCUGGGUCCCCAGCAGUGGUCAGCCCCACGGUGGGAAACACUGCCCCCGCCUCCACCCUUUCCACUCAGCUUGCUGGGCUCGAUUUGGGCACAAACAACGUGAGUGGGGCCCUCAGCUCGCUCCCCCCCAGCAAUCCCCGGGAUGACUUUGACGUCUUUGCACAAACAAGAGGAGGCGGUCCCUUGGCAGAUCAGCAUACAAUCGUGACAAAGGAGGAUCCACCAAUGGCUAAAGGGAUGGCACCUGCCCCGGAUACCCAGAAACCAAAUUCAGGAGGGAGGAGAGGUAAAGGUGGGAGUUGCCCCAUGGAGCCCAUAGACAGGUGGCUCAUCUCCCAAGGAAUGAUUCCCGUCCCACAGUCCUCCGUCAUGGAGGACAUUGAGGAGUGGCUGAGUACCGACGUGAAAGGAGAUGAGCUGGAAGAAGGCGUGACCAGCGAAGAAUUCGACCGGUUCCUGGAGGAGCGUGCCAAAGCGGCUGAGAGGAUCCCCAACCUGCCCUCCCCUCCUCAGGAGGAGCCCAGACCGCCACCUGCGAACCCGCCCAGCAAAAGGAAGCCGGACCGGUCUGAGGACGCCCUCUUCGCUCUGUAACGGUCCUUCUCCCCCUCCCCUCCCCGCUCUCCCUGCACGGAAGGAGGCGGUGGCGGCAAGACCAAGAGUGGUCUGGCUAGCGAGGGGCCCCUUCCCAUCCCCGGUGGCCCCAGAUCAGGUGGGCUCUUUUUCCUCCUCCGGGACUCGGCCUCAUUUCCUUAACCUUGGAAGGCUCUUGACAGCCGUUCUGCCACUCAGAUGGGGGGGGGUUGUCCCACUUAACUCCCUCUCACGCCUCUGCCCCGUUGAUGCUGAGAUUCCCCUUUAAAAAAAAAAAAGGUAAGAGACCUGCAUGACAACUUGCACAGGCUCCAUUCCCACUGGCUUUCCAGUCCUCCCCCCUCCCCUUGCUUAUGCACAAUAGUCAUGCAUCCAACCCUGGCUUGGCUCUAGUUAGAACUACUCCAGAGCCCGGCCUGUGGCCUCUUCUGCUCGGCCUCCCGCACAAAUCAAACCGGAGCUUCAGCAUCUUCCCCGUGGGCUUCCUCUGCUCUCUUAGCUCUGCCUGGAGGGUUGCCAGAGAAGCUAGUCGGAAAGAGGCUCGUUUGUGCGAAGGCAGCAUCCUUUAGCCAAAACACCUGGGCGGGUUCCGUGGGUGACGAAGGAGCCCCUCUCUGCAGGCCCCCAGAUCUCCCCUUGAUCCCCCCUCUCUGGAUGGGCUCAGCCCCACUCGUGGGGGACCGGCCAGUCUGCCCCUCUCCUCGUCUUUACAAGAAGGGUAUUGAUAAGGGGAAAGUCAGCCACAGAAAGGGACGAGAUUGCACUUUGCACUGGAAAUGUUAACCCUGAGCGGCAGUUACGUCUGGAGGUAUGAACCACUCCAUGUGUGUGCGUGCGCGUGUGCGUGUGUGUUAAAACCUUAUUUGCAUUUUAAAGCACUAAAUGGCACUAUGUUACCGGCGGCGGGAUUCUCUCCCAAGCAUUAACGAAAGGGUGGAAAGGGGUGUGGGGCAGCCCUGCUGGAAUGAGUGGGGGCUUCUGCCCUCCUCUGACGCCAGCAUUUCAGCACUGCCUACUAGAGGGCGGGGCCUUCUCCGUUACCUCUGCAAAAAUAAUGGUGCAGAAGAAGAGCUUCCUAAUGGGAUUAAGCUGAAUUAAAAUGCGUUGGCUCAAAGCAAGGAGCAUCCUGGCCUCGCUUCACCCAUCCAGGUUGGGCACCGUGGGCUGCAUGGGCUCUGCCUUUCCCCCAGGAGAGGAAGUGACCCUUCCAUGCUGCUGGGCAGAGGACCUGAUGGCUUGCCACCUGGCAGGGCUCCUGCCAGCCUGGGCAAGAGGCUGCCUUUCCUUGCCUGUCGUGCGACCUUUGUCCCGAGAGUUCCCCAAUGCCAGCCUUCGCUUGGCACAGACCUGGAGUCUGCUUUCAUCACUCGGGACGUUACCUGGUCAUCUUGAUAACCCACCAGGCUCACCAGGGCCUGCAGGAAAAGCAGCUGUGGGGCUCCAGCUUGAUCCUCCCUUCCCCUCUCUGGGAUGGCCCCCAUGUGGGGCAGCUUUGAAAGACCGGGCAGAGGAGAAGUGACGGGAGCGAGAGAGGAAGGAAGCAGAGCUAACCUCCCUUGAGCAUCUUUUGCUGUUUGAAGCACAUGGUCUACAAACGAUCGCUAGUUGCACAGAUCUACCCACUGUGCCUUCCAGUCGCCCCUCUGCACCAUUGCAGCCCAGAGACCCCAAAUUGCCCUCAAUGCCAUUGCAAGAGGCCGCCUCUGCAGGCUCACGGAUGGCUGCCCUGGAGGGAGGCAAGCAGACGGCUUGGAAGCACCAGGGGCCCCUGCUGGCCCCCAAGAGCACACUUGCCCGAGCAGUUUGCCCCCCUGGGCUCCCCUGCCUCCAGCCCCAUAGCUCUGGGAGUGCGUUUCAGGGAGGUGAAGCCCAGGGGCCGUCCCUCCCAGGCAGCCUUCCGAAACGCCGCCACCACCUGGGGCUUGGCAGGGCAGGAGGGCAGAAGAAAGAAAGAAGGAUACCACCUUAUUGAAAUCCACCCAAUUCGGCAGCAAGAAGCUGGCUGUGCUCCUUGCCCGGCCAAACCAGCUUCGUUUGGGAGGAGGCCGAGGCUUCUUAGGGCUUUUUAAGUUAAUCUGCAGCCCCUGGAAAAGGUCCAGCCUCCUUCUGAACAAGCCCCAACCCCAAGAAGUCAGCCUCCCAAAUCUGGGCUCUCCUCCGGAGUCUCUUCCCAGGAUUUCCCGUUGGUUUGCUUCUAUUUCAGUCUCUGUUUCUCCCCCAAAACGACCUAACUGCUAACUGUUACGGGGGCCCUUUCCCCCAAACCCCGUGUCAUAGCCUUGCCAUCUGUAUAUUUAAAGCUGCAACUUCUUCUCUAGUUGUUUAAAAAUGGAUAAUAUUUAUUGACAAACAACAUUCAAUGUUUUGUUUUAUUUGCGGGGGACAGUCGAUGGGCAGGCCAGUGGAAUUUAUUGUUUAAAGAAAAAUGUAAAGGUUAACUAUGUAAAAAUGAUACUAGUGAAACCCAUUUGAAAGUGCCUCCCUUCUCUCUUUCUUCUACGAGUGACAGUAUACCCGAGAGAGCAAAGCCCAGCCCGGGGGGGGGGAGGGGGUUUGCAUAAGGCUGUAUUAACCGAUGUCACUUAACUCUCCUUUUGGAUGUCUGUGUGUCUCUGUACAUAUUUAUACAUAUAUUGUUUCUGCAUGUCAAAGUCCACCCAAUAAAAAAAAUAGUGCAAUCUUA